GUUCAUGCUGCCAGGUUCAAAACAAGAAUAUCCAUCUUCUGCCAACAUAACUUGAUUUCCUGCUGGGUAAAGGAGAGGGGAGUAUUCCUAGAAGCAACAGAACCAGGGCACAACACUGCUUCUGCUUCCUGGGAAAAGUGUGUGUAGGAAAAGAAAUAUGAAAUGAACAUGAGAGAAUGGAAAUCAAUCACAUCAGAAAAAAAAAAAAAGACAGGAGAAGAAUGAGAGGAUUCUGAUUAUUUAGUUACAGGAAUGGACUGCCAUUUUUCUGUCUGGGGAGUUUUGGCCUUCCUGAGUUUGGCUCUGCUUAUUUCAGUGACACUGAAUAUUGUACACUGUAUGAAAAAGAAGCAAUCUAAAAUACUUAAAGACUAUGAAGAGAACGAUCCAAGCUAUGAUGGCUAUCACUCAGAAGAUUAUCCAGUUUACGGCAAUCUCAAUCAAGAUAUUUUAGAAGAAUGUUGUUACGAGCAGAUGAAGUCCCAGCCUCAAAGAACAGUUAACCAGCUACAGGUGGAGUCUGCCAGUCAGAUGUGUUAUGCCUCACUUGAUCACAGUGUCAAAGGAAAAUGCAAAAAAACAAGGAGAAAGAAAGAUCCUUCAUUAGAAGAAGAUGAAGGAGAAAGAUCAUCUAAUGCCAUGGUGGCUUCCAAAGUUAGCAUUUACCUCAAUAGUGAGCAGCUGGCUGCCGAAAACACGGCAAAAGUAGAAGCCAUUCAUGAUGACCCCAUCAGAUUAAAGGGCUUGAUUCAUAAUACAAAGGGGGAGAACUGAAUAUGUAAUGAACUAAAUACGUAACCAUAAAGUAAGAUUUGCUUUUCCAUUUUCUCUGAUCAAUGAUUGAUCAGAGAAAAUAUUCCAGAAAGCUGACAUACUAAACCUUGGUAUGAAAUGGGUAACUUAAGUGUUAACAUUUACAGACUAAGCAAGACAUAGGUCCAGACUGCCACUCAGAUGGAUCUGCCUUUCUGAAGACAAUUUGAAAGAGUUGCAGAAGCUGGUAGCUCAGCAUUCACAUGGUAGUGAUUCCAGUAAGAAUUGAUCCUGUUUUAAACAAUCAUCAGCUUUCAAGCAGUCCUAAAAGAUCCCCUUGUUGUCUAUACAGCUCUAGCAGAGUACUAUUCCAUAUUAACUUCAAUACUUUUGAAAUGAGAUUGUGUUUCAUACUUGCACACUUGGUGAUUAGUUUUACCAAGAACUGAUCUGCUGUUCCACACUGUGAACUUUCUGACUGUGACUGGUCUGUGGCAAUGACUGGAGAAUAAUUUAACAGCUGAUUUAAAGUAGUAAUUGUACAUUUCACAAGACUCAGCAGUAUCUCUGUGUAUCUUUAGUUUCCUGUAACAGUACUAGAAUACAUCUCAAAUCUCAACUCCUCUACUAGUGUAAUAUUGAAUAUAGCUGUAUUCAAGGGUCCACAAAAAUUAUCACACCAUCUGUAACAAUAAAUCUAGAAAGUAUUUCUUCCAAUACCCCAUGUUAUGUUUGCAUUCCUAUUGGGUUUUCCAUAGCCAUCCUUAAAUAUUUUACAAAAACAGAAAGAGAUUUUUAUUUUCCCAAACCCUUCACUUACUCUUUACACAUUUAUUUUAAGACUAAACCCUUUAAAUGUAAGUUUUAUAGAGUGGGUAGCUAUUUUUAUAUUCUGGGAGUCAUUAGGUAGUUGCAGCAGGAAACAAGUUGAUGUAAUGUGUCUGCCUCUAGGUGUCAGACACUCUGUCUUCCCAAAAAACCAGGGCAUUUGAGUCUUUAAAAUCCAAAGAGCAGUGCCAAGGAACUUGAAACUCUGAAGCAUAGAGCCCUAAAACUGGUUCUGAAAGAGACAGACCUGGAAACAAAAGGUCCAUAGUACAGAGCCAACAUCUUCUAAGGGUAGAAAUGGAUGGACACAUCAAGCGAUAAGAUAAAUUUAUGGGG